GCCAGAGGUGAGAGAGGAAUAGCGGUGACCAGACUAAAGGCAGUUCACAGAUUUCAACUGACAGCGUACGCGAAUAGUGUAGCAUCGCCUUUCUCGGAGCAUCACAGCCUUUCUCAGCCUCUACUCUCCUGCAGGCACGUCGCUCUAGGGUACAGCUCAGACGGAGGAGAGGACUUGUGUGAAGUGGUGGUGCCUGACGGAGACCACACCACAUGUACCCCCCCACCUCCGCCACCUCUAGUCUUUGUCUCAUCCAGUGGAACGCCGAACAAUAAUAAUAUGGACCCCGAGGGCAAGGGCAACGGGUACUCUCCCCCUGCGGCAGUGUUUGAUGACGACCCUGGGAUCAUGAGCGAAGCAGAGACGUCUUCCACGGGGUUCUGCAGGGAGGGUGGGGGGAAACAGCAAGCCUCUCUCCCCCCAGCCCGCUCCCCCUCCUCCAAGACCCUCGAUGCCAGGUCCUUCGAAUCGGACGCUAACAGUUCCUCUUGGGAUGACGACCCAGGUAUCAUGAGCAAGGCUGAGACUUUCUCCACUGGGCGCAGCAGGAACGUGAAGCCUCGGACCUCCCUUCCAAUAGUGCACACGCCCUCCAAGACCCUCGAGCGACCCCUGGGCCCUCAAAUAAACAACAAAUUAAGUGAGAAGUUACCAUCUCCCUUCCUGGCUUGCGCUCCAGUUGCUCUGAGUUGUAGCAGCAGCGACGUGUGGCACCCAGGAUGAAGAUGUCUGCAGGGUGGUCUGUGUCAGGGGGAUGAUGGCAGACAGCAGCAGCAGCACCGUGACAGCUCAAGCAUCCUGUUGAAAUUAUCACUUUUUAAAUGGUGAAAGGUGAAGGAAAAACCUGUCUCCAUGGAAUGUGGAAGUACACAACAACAACUCUGAAAGAUUUCUUACAAUAAUAAGUCAUCAUUCAUUGUAUCCUUUCUUGUUGGCCACAAGAUUAUCAUACAAAUUUUCCAUAGACAUCUGCAAAUUGGUACCUCUAGCUGUUAUUAAAUAUGAUAUUAAGUUUGAUGAAUGUAUUUAUUUCAUUUUACAUGAAAGUUGUUGAUUGCAAAAAAAAAAUAAUAACCAAAAUAUAUUUUGACUUUUACUUUACAAUGCCUUAACUGUUUGCUUUUAAAAAAUUAUGUAGAUUGAUUUUCUCAUUUUAAGACUUAAAGUCUAGACAACUAACUGGCCUUAAAUUUUUCUGAUAUACAAAUAAAGUAACAAAGAGAGCACAUUUCACUAACACUCAUGGUGAAGUGUCCACCAAUGAUGGUGAAGGAGGUAUAGAUGUAAACUCCAAUCUGAGCAAUGACCAACACAAUUUGUCCAGCUGCAUGUCUCCAUCGGGCACAAACUCCACCUCCUGCAUCUGUAUCAUGCCCACCACCACCGUCACCGUGGCAACACUGAAAAGUGGAAUCUUAUCAUUCACACCGUUACAAA